CCCCCCAGGAGCCCCGACCCGCGCGGAGCCGCGGACCCCUUCCUCUGCCGACGAGGCCGAGGUUGCCGAGCUCCUAGCCGAGCUGCCCACCCACCGCCCGCGCCCGCUGUACCGCCGCUGGGCCGAGGUUCCGCUGCCCGCCCGCGUCCACGUCCACGGGCUUCCAGGCGGGGGCGACGCUACCCUGUUCCGUGGCGCCCCGGCCUUCUCCGCCGCCCUGUGGCGCUGCGCCGGCUACGUUCCCAAGAGAUUUGGCUUCCGCUACUGCGAGUUUCCCUCCUGGGCUGAUGACAACGACGGUGCUGAUGCUCUGUUUGCGCUGGCUAGAGAGAAGCCCAGGGAGAUGGCUGAUGCUGUUUUGAUAGACGUUGAACCAAAGAAGGAGAAGCAUUACGUCCGGAGCCUAAGCUGUCGUGGCAAGAAGGUUGAGGGCGAUCAGCAAGCAAUGCCUCCUCUGACCGAGGCUAAGAAGAGAGAUCGUGAUAGUUGGAAGGAUGGGUGUCAGCAGAGUGGGGCCUGUGCCAUGCGAGAUGCCACACGUGAGGAUUGUCAUGCUGAAGCAAAUAUGGCAAGUUCUGAUUUACAAACUGUUAAAACCAAGAAGAAGAUGGAGGAAUCCGUGGAGCUAUGUGGGGAGAAGAAAAGCUCGGAGCAAGUUCCUGGGAUGCUGAGCAAGGAUGACAAAAAGGUUCCGAUGAAAUUGGAAUUCUUAUCUGGAGUUAGAACUAAAUCAUCCAUGGAUAAUCUCACCCUGGGUCAAGAAAAAAACCCUCACCAAGAUACUGUCUUCCCUCCAGGGUGCAAGACCCCCGCCCCCCAAUGGGCCGAAUACUUCACAACAAAAUGAAAUCAGAACAUAGAUGGAAUUCAUCAUAGUGUUUUCCCCCUCUUAGGAUUGAUGUAUUUUCAUCUUGAUAUAUCAACAUGUUGUGAUAAAACUGUAAUGUUCUUAUUAAUUAUUGAUGGGUUCAUAGUAGUGUAUCAGCUGUUAGUUCCCGCGAUACAAUAUAUUUUGGUACGACAAAGCACAACAGUUUGCGAUCUUACAGUCA